ACCGUUGAGUUUUGAAAAUAUCUACUGCGCCGGGGAUUCGUCACGAAUACGCAGCAGUUGAGUGGAUCGAACUGAAAGAAAGGCAACGAAUUAGUGUCCUGUAAGGAAGAUGAAUCAAACGGUGUACUACGUGUUGGUGGCAUUUUGGGAGAAAUCCGGCUGCAAGAUCGUGGCGGAUUGUUAUCCGAUGAAGCAGGAUGAAACGUACAGGACGAUCACGCUCAGCACGAUCGACGGACUGAAGACGGUGGAGAAUGAUAAGAUCAGUCUUAAUCGGGGCAACUACACAGUGCACGUGCUCAUCGGUGAACUACAUUACGCCUGCCUGACGUUGAAACCGGAUUGUCCUUCGUCAGCAGCCGAGCUGGAAUUCUGUUCCCAGGUGUUCCUCGAGAGAUUGCGAAGCAUUUACAGGGAGCUACCGAUUCUGGCUGAUCUCACAAGGGACCUAACCAGUCUAGCGGUCAUCGAUCUCUCGAAACCUCUAAAGAAGAUAGUUCACGAGUACAAUAAGAAGAAUGAAAUAGUACCGAAGCUAGAGGCAGAAUUGGUGGAAAUCCAAAAAAUUUUGAUGGAUGGCCUACAGAAAAUGAUUGACAGGGGCCAGAAGCUCGACGAUCUCGUUCGAAAGACUCAGUCUUUGCAAAUUACGACUCGGAAGGACUUUCACCUGUUGACAAGAACAUCCAGAAGAAGGAAAUGCAUCGUUAUAGCAGCGAUAGUGAUCACGCUGAUAGUUUUUGUCACAUUUCUCCUUGUGUUUCUACUGUGUGAAGACAUUCUCUGAUAUGCCUUGCUCCUUGACCUUGAAAUUGUUCCUAAGAAACAUGGCAUCGAUGUGUGAGAUGUAUUUACGAAUAAACAAUGUAUUCGUCACUUCUGACCUUGUCAAAUAUAUCUUUUCGUGAAUCAACAACCAUUUAGCUUUACAAACGAUUCG